CUUCCUCUGGUACGUGAUGAGUGGGGAAGUCAUGUAGUUAUCAGAGGCUUCCCAGGUUCCCGUAGGAUCUGCUGCUACCUCUGCAGCCUGAGCAGUAGCAGGGAGGGAGGGGCUCUCCCUAGCUUCUCUGCCUUUCUAUUGGUCUCCUGUGUUACCUCCUGGUGGCGUGUAUUGGCCCACCCUUCCUCUCUCUCUAUUCCUGCCUCAGAUGCAGUUACCCAGGCAGCAAAGAGGGAGGCUUUAGAGACGCUCACACUCUGCAUGGGUGAAGAAAGCUGGUGGGUUAGAGGACUAGAGGAUAUCAGAGCUACCUCUAUCCUCUUCCCACGUUCAUCUACUUGUGGCAGUUUAUCCUUUGGCGUAAAACAAAAGUCACCUGGUGAGGUGGGGGCUGGUUUUCUUGGAUGAUUGGCGUCCUUGCCAAUGAGACAAGCAUUCUGAGAGGACUUCCCAAAGUGAUUUGAAAGCUAGUUUUCUUCGUGUGGGAGUGGUGAGAGGGCAGCCAUGGCUCACGCUGCGGCUCACAUUAAGAAGGCCAGGUCCGAGAUGGAUCAACCUCCGGACCUGAAGGCUCUGGAGAAGGCCAAAGAGAGAAGGAGGCGUUCCCGGGAACGGGCUGAACGCAAGCGCAAGUCGGACAGUAACACCAGUUUCCUGCGAGCAGCAAGAGCAGGGAACAUUGAAAAGGUUUUGGAGUAUCUGAAAGGGGGAGUGGACAUCAGCACCUGCAAUCAGAAUGGUCUUAAUGCACUGCACCUGGCAGCCAAGGAGGGCCAUGUGGACCUGGUCCAGGAGCUGUUGGACAGAGGUGCUGCAGUAGAUUCAGCCACAAAGAAAGGAAAUACAGCACUUCAUAUAUCCUCUUUAGCUGGUCAGGCUGAAGUAGUGAAGAUCCUGGUCAAACAAGGAGCUGACAUCAAUGCACAGUCUCAGAAUGGAUUCACUCCUCUAUACAUGGCCGCCCAGGAGAAUCACAUGGAUGUGGUUCGAUACCUGCUCGAGAACGGAGGCAACCAGAGCACUGCUACUGAGGAUGGCUUCACUCCUCUGGCCAUCGCCCUCCAGCAGGGCCACAACCAGGUGGUUUCUAUCCUACUGGAGAAUGAUACUAAAGGCAAGGUCCGCCUGCCUGCCUUGCAUAUCGCUGCCCGCAAGGACGACACCAAGUCAGCCGCCCUGCUACUCCAGAAUGACCACAAUGCUGAUGUCCAGUCGAAGAUGAUGGUCAAUAGGACUACUGAGAGUGGAUUCACCCCCCUGCAUAUUGCUGCCCACUACGGCAACGUAAAUGUGGCAACACUCUUACUGAACCGAGGGGCAGCAGUCGACUUCACAGCAAGGAAUGGGAUUACGCCUCUACAUGUGGCAUCUAAGCGUGGCAACACUAACAUGGUUGGCCUGUUACUGGACCGUGGCUCUCAGAUUGAUGCUAAAACAAGGGAUGGUCUAACUCCUCUGCACUGUGCAGCCCGGAGUGGACAUGAUACAGCUGUGGAGUUGCUGCUGGAGAGAGGAGCACCCUUGUUGGCCAGGACCAAGAACGGGCUGUCUCCUCUUCACAUGGCGGCACAAGGUGACCAUGUUGAAUGUGUCAAACACCUUCUGCAGCACAAGGCUCCUGUUGAUGAUGUCACGUUGGACUACUUGACAGCGUUGCAUGUGGCAGCUCACUGCGGUCACUACAGAGUCACCAAACUGCUGCUGGACAAGAGGGCCAACCCCAAUGCCAGGGCACUGAACGGCUUCACUCCGCUGCACAUAGCCUGUAAGAAGAACCGAGUGAAAGUGAUGGAGUUGCUGGUCAAAUAUGGAGCCUCUAUCCAGGCCAUUACAGAGUCUGGUUUGACUCCCAUCCACGUAGCAGCCUUCAUGGGUCACCUGAACAUUGUCCUGCUGCUGCUGCAGAACGGAGCCUCGCCCGAUGUCAGCAAUAUUCGUGGAGAGACAGCGUUACACAUGGCAGCCAGGGCAGGUCAGGUGGAGGUGGUCAGAUGUCUGUUGAGGAAUGGCGCCAUGGUGGAUGCCAGGGCAAGGGAGGACCAGACUCCCCUCCACAUUGCAUCCCGUCUGGGAAAAACAGAGAUUGUGCAACUGCUACUGCAACACAUGGCCCAUCCUGAUGCUGCCACAACCAACGGCUACACCCCCCUCCACAUCUCAGCCAGGGAGGGUCAAGUGGAGACAGCCUCUGUCCUGCUGGAGGCCGGAGCUUCACACUCACUGGCCACCAAGAAAGGUUUUACUCCCCUGCAUGUGGCCUCCAAGUAUGGAAGCCUAGAUGUAGCCAAACUUCUGCUGCAGCGUCGUGCCCCACCUGAUUUUGCUGGGAAGAAUGGCCUCACCCCACUCCAUGUUGCAGCACAUUAUGAUAACCAGAAGGUGGCGCUCCUGCUUUUGGACAAAGGAGCGUCCCCUCACACCAUGGCCAAGAAUGGCUACACUCCUCUCCACAUUGCCGCUAAGAAGAACCAGAUGGAAAUCGCCACAGUGCUGCUGCAGUAUGGAGCUGAGACCAACAUCCUGACUAAACAGGGCGUCACUCCGCUCCAUCUGGCCUCCCAGGAGGGCCACGCAGACAUGGCUGCCCUGCUUAUCAGCAAGGGAGCCCAAGUCAAUGUGCAAACCAAGAGUGGCCUGACUGCCCUCCAUCUGGCAGCCCAGGAGGAUAAAGUGGCUGUUGCAGAGAUUCUAGCCAGGAACGGAGCCAACCUCGACCAGCAGACCAAAUUGGGAUACACCCCGCUAAUUGUAGCAUGUCACUAUGGAAACGCCAAGAUGGUCAACUUCCUGCUUCAGAAUGGAGCCAGUGUCAACGCCAAGACCAAGAAUGGAUACACUCCCCUUCACCAGGCAGCCCAGCAAGGAAACACACACAUCAUUAAUGUACUGCUGCAAAGCGGUGCCAAGCCCAAUGCCAUCACUGUGAAUGGAAACACUGCCCUGGGGAUUGCUCGGAGGUUGGGCUACAUUUCUGUGGUGGACACACUGAGGGUCGUCACUGAGGAGAUCAUUACCACCACAACGACGGUGACAGAGAAACACAAGCUGAACGUGCCAGAGACCAUGACUGAAGUGCUGGAUGUCUCCGAUGAAGAGGCACUGAAAUCCAUUGAUGAUGACGUUAUGUCAGAUGACCUUGAGGAUGUGGAAGGUGAUGACACAAUGACAGGUGACGGAGGGGAGUAUUUGAGGGCUGAGGACCUCAGGGAGCUGGGAGAUGACUCCUUGCCAGGACAGUACCUGGAUGGAAUGAACUACCUCCGCUUCAGUCUGGAAGGAGGACGAACUGACAGUCGAAUGCAAAGUUCAGACAGGUCCUUCACACCCACCCACCACAGCUACUACUCCCCUAAACAUGAAGGCAUGAUGGAGGAGAUGCUCGCCAGUCACCAGGUUUCAUCACUUGCCAGAGAGAAUGAGAGGGAUUCAUAUCGUCUGAGUUGGGGCACAGAGAACCUGGACAAUGUGGCUUUAUCCUCCAGUCCCAUUCACUCUGGCCAUUCCUCUCCGUGCCAUGAUCAUGGAGACCACAGCAGCUUCCUGGUCAGCUUCAUGGUGGAUGCCAGGGGCGGAGCAAUGCGUGGUUGCCGGCACAACGGCCUACGCAUCAUCAUCCCGCCCAGGAAGUGCAGUGCGCCCACACGGGUGACAUGCCGGCUGGUGAAGAGGCACCGUCUGGCCACCAUGCCGCCAAUGGUUGAGGGUGAGGGCCUGGCAAGUAGGCUCAUUGAGGUGGGGCCGUCCGGAGCCCAGUUCCUUGGUAAACUCCACCUACCCAGUGCCCCUCCACCUCUUAAUGAGGGAGAGAGUUUGGUUAGCAGAAUCCUCCAGCUCGGCCCGCCAGGGACAAAAUUCCUCGGUCCUGUGAUUGUGGAGAUCCCCCACUUUGCUGCCCUGCGGGGGAAAGAGAGGGAGCUUGUGAUUCUGAGGAGUGAGACCGGAGAGAGUUGGAAGGAGCAUCACUGUGAACACACCCAGGAGGAACUCAACCAGAUACUCAAUGGCAUGGAUGAGGAUCUUGACACGCCAGAGGAGCUGGAAAGGAAGCGCAUCUGCCGCAUCAUCACUAGAGAUUUCCCACAAUACUUUGCGGUGGUGUCACGCAUCAAGCAAGACAGUAAUCUUAUUGGUCCAGAAGGAGGCAUCCUGAGCAGCACUGUUGUGCCCCAAGUUCAGGCAGUUUUUCCUGAGGGGGCCCUCACCAAGAGAAUCAGGGUUGGACUGCAGGCCCAGCCAGUGAAUGUGGAUGUAGUGAGGAAGAUACUGGGGAGCAAGGCCACCUUCAGCCCCAUCGUCACCCUAGAGCCACGCAGGAGGAAGUUCCAUAAACCCAUCACCAUGACCAUCUCUGUCCCCAAGAGCAACUCCGACCCGGUCCUAAAUGGCUUCGGAGGGGAUACCCCCACCUUACGACUGCUCUGUAGUAUAACUGGUGGAACAACACCUGCUCAAUGGGAGGAUAUAACAGGAACCACUCCGUUAACAUUCAUCAACGACUGUGUCUCCUUCACCACCAAUGUGUCUGCAAGAUUCUGGCUGAUAGACUGUCGACAGGUCCAGGAAUCUGUCAAUUUCUCCACUCAGGUGUACCGAGAGAUCAUCUGUGUCCCAUAUAUGGCCAAGUUUGUCAUAUUUGCCAAGACCCACGAUCCCAUUGAGGCCAGACUGCGCUGCUUCUGCAUGACAGAUGACAAGAUUGACAAAACCCUGGAGCAGCAGGAGAAUUUCACUGAGGUGGCUCGCAGCCGAGAUGUUGAGGUCCUAGAGGGCAAACCUAUCUAUGCAGACUGCUUUGGAAACCUUGUUCCUCUCACCAAAAGUGGCCAGCACCAUCUCUUCAGCUUCUUUGCCUUUAAGGAGAACAGACUAGCGCUCUUUAUAAAAAUCAGAGAUAACACUCAGGAGCCAUGUGGCCGUCUGUCCUUUAUGAAAGAACCCAGGAACUACAGGUCACUCACCCAAAAUGCCAUAUGCAACCUCAACAUCACCCUUCCAUCAUACUGCAAGGAGUCAGAUUCAGACCAAGAGCAAGAGGAAGAGACCAACGGAACACUAGAGAAAUAUGAAGAGACGGCAGUGUCACACCUGAAAUCAGACCUGAUUCGAGGACCAGACCUCCUAUCCGACGUGUCAGAGAUGAAACAAGAUUUGAUCAAAAUGACUGCCAUCUUGACUGCAGACUCCACAGAGAAAUCCCCUUCCUUAGGAGGGUGCGGUCUAGAGAAAGGGACUGAGGAUGUUUCUGGGGAGCCAUUAGAAAUAAUGGAGAAGGACUUAGAGAAAGUCAAAGAGGACCUAGAGAAAGUCAGUGAGAUACUAAGGAGUGGAACAUAUGAGGGUGAGGCAGCAGAGGAGGCAGCAAAAGCAGCUAGAAUGGCGGAGGAGUGGGUUCUCCUCUCAGAUGCUGAGAUAGAGGAGGCCAAAAACAUGGCAGCGUUAGAAACUCAAGAACCUGUCUUACGGGAAAGUAGAGCCAACAGAGGGGCUCCCAGACCUAAAGCUAUAAAGGACAGUGGUGACCUUAAAGAAUACCUCCUGGAUGCACCAAUAAGCUCCAAAAUAAAAGUUAAAAAAGAACCAGCCAUCCAAGAAAAAUUCACUGAUGUCGUGCUACGCAAAAGUGUGAAACCAUCUACUCCAACCAAAGUGUAUGACAAAGCAACUGCUGGUGAUGUUAAAAAGCCAGUCAGAAGGAAGGGGAAAGAGCAGGAGCAGGCAGAGGAAUCAACAGAGGCAGGUGCUCAUCUAAGUGUGCCUACAGCCCCUUCCCCAGUGUCACCUGUAUCCCCAGUGGUUGAAGAAACUCCCAUUGGGUCAAUAAAGGACAAAGUGAAAGCCUUACAACAGAAAGUAGAAGCAGAGCAGAAAAGCAAAAAGGUCACUGGAAGCAAACCUUCACAAUUGCCUGUUAUGAGCAAACCCUCUCCAAAAGCCAAAGAAAGCCCCAUGUCAAAACAGGGCCCACCUAAAUCCCCCAAAGCUGAAUCUGAAAAACUUGAGGAGACCAUGUCAGUUAAAGAGCUGAUGCAAGCAUUCCAAACGGGGCAGGACCCCUCAAAGAGAAAAUCUGGGCUAUUCGAACUUAAAACAUCCACUAUGUCAAGAUCAGAGAAAACCACAAAAUCAGACACCAUCCAGUCAAAAUCCAUGACCAAAGCAACAACCUCACGUGUCUCUCAAGAACGAGAAGUAUCUUUGGAUUCCAAACCUCGCAAGAAAAAUACCACUCAGCAAGACAAAGAGAUAGAAACCAAGUCAGUUGCUGCCACCCAUUCAGAGCUAACUGAAACUGUAGACUUUGGAAAUGGUGGCCUUGAUGAUAGCUCUGACAGCUUAAAACAUGAGGGUGUGGCAGACUCACUAAGUGCCAGUUCUGGAGAUGGUAACGCUCAUCUGAGCUCUGAGGACAGUUACAGACAUGAGGGUCUUGCCACUCCAGGCACAAGCCCAGAGAGUCUGUGUCUUUCUCCCAAAACUGGACAGCAGACUUCUACAUCUGCAGCAGCUGCCACAACAAUCAAAAAAGAAAGUGAAGACACACAGAAGUUUGGAGACUCUGGUGUAGGGACCACUGGUGACCAGCUGUCUACAGAAUUGACUCUCCCUGUUUCUUCCAGCGAGGCUGCAGAUGAUCACACAACAACAGGUUUGCAUGAAGGAUCCCACAGCAAAGAGGUCAAGAGCACAACAAGAACAACAGCCAUUGUCACUUCAGAGGGACCUUACUCUGUCUCAGACCAGCAUCGUUCAAAAUCCAAACUGGAAACUGCACAGGAACAUAGAGUUCCACACUCUGCAAAAGCUGAAAAAGACAGUACUGCCAAAAAGGCUGCUGCAACAUCAAACACUGAAAACAGGACUGAUGAACAAAAGGAGGAGAGCUUAAGGAAGUCAAGAGACAAAGGAGAUGAUAAAGAAGGUCAAAGGAUAGGAGAUAGCAGGCUACAGACUGGUACACUAAAGCAAGGUAGCAAUGUUACAGAUGAAGUGAAAGGAGAUCAAAAGGAGCAUUUAAGAGCACCAGAGGCUGAACCUGGUUCAGCUGUUGCCACAGGUCAAACAAAGGAAGUUUUCAAACCAGAGGUCUGUAUCUAUGAUGACACAGAAGAGGAUGAUGAGGCACUGGAACCUCCCAGAACGGAAUCAAAAGGUGUCACUGCGAGGGUAGACACUGACUCUUGGUCUGCCAUGCGGGAGGAUGAUGCUACUUUUGCAGCUCGUGUCAAAGAGGAGGAACAGAAGAUACUGAAUCUCGUGGUGGACCGUCAAUCUUUGCAAGCAACUCCGGAUACAACACCUGGUAGAACACCAACAGAAGACAGCACUCCUACCAGUGAGCCCAACCCUUUUUUGUUCCAAGAAGGGAAGCUCUUUGAGAUGACUCGAAGUGGAGCUAUUGACAUGACUAAGAGGAGUUAUGAGGAAGAGGGGGGUGGCUUUGCCUUUUUCCAAAUAGGUGAACAGCCUUUAGAGGAGCCUAUCUUAGAAGAGGUCAGGCAAGAAGGUAGGAGAACAGCAGCAGAACCUGAAGUUGGCCUCAAUCUAACACUAGAGGUUAAGACUGAGGAGACUGAGAAAUCAACUGAUUCUCAGUUUCAGUCCCCACCUGAAGGUGAUCAGACAGCCUCUAAAGCUGAUGUCUCCAAAUCUAAAAUCCCUAAAAUGGGUAUUUCCGCCUCAUCAAAACCUACAAAGAAAGAUCAGACAUCCCCUGAAGGUCUAGAGACUAAAACAGACACAAAUGUGAAUGAAGUAUGCUUAGAUUUAGACAAAAAUUCCCCUGACCAAAUAACAACUGUACAAACGGCAGAAACUACAGUCACUAGAUCAGUUUACUCUGAGCAGGGCCAAGAGUCCUCCGAUUCAUCUCCAGAAGAACCACAGUCAGUGAUAGAAACCCCCAAACCAACAGGAAAAUCUAAACAAAGUGCUUCCAGUAGUGUUAAAAAGACUCCAGUUAAAACACAAUCUAAGUCUGCAACAGAAGGUCGGGGUAAGACCACAAUUCCCUCUCCAUCUCAUGCUACCUCCUCUUCAACCACACUUAAAAAAGAGUCCUCCUUUGUUUCAGAAUCUAAAUCUAGAAUUCCCAUCAAGGCUAGCACUCCCAAGCCCGAUUCUAUUGUCAAACGCGUUGAAUCAACCACAGACAAAAAGCUUAAGAUCCCUGUUAAAAAGGAUUCAAGGAGAAAAUCUGAGACAGACGCAGGUCCCUCUGUGGAUUUCAAAACCAAGACACCAUCUUCCAAAGCCAAAAGCUUCUGUGAGGGGGAAUCUACCAGGCCAUCUGCUAAAAAAGAACAAGGUCGUCCCUUGAGUGCUGAGUCAGCCAAGUUCAAAGGCUUCCAGUCCAGACUGCCAGUCCGAGGCAAAGGUGGCCAGUCAUCUCAUUCAUCAACACCUACUAAAGAGAAAAGCGAGCCAUGUAAACAGCCCAUUGAAUUCUUUGAAGAGAUAAGCGAUGAAGCAGCAAAACUUGUGGCAAGGUUGGCACAGGCGAAGACAGAGAAAGAACAAGAGGCUGCAGCUGCCAACUCAGAUGAUGAGAGUAUUCUCAUUGAUCCAUCAGUCAUAGAAAGAGAAACUUUCCCUGAGAUGCAGUUCCCUCCCUCAGGAGACGUCUUUCCCAUUAGACCACUGUGGGACGACCCUGUUGAGACACAGAUGCAGCGAAUCCCAGAUGAUAAAGUCCAAAGUCAAGUAGAUCCACAGGAUGAAGCAGAGAGAAAAGAGCAACGGUUGGCCAUUAUAGCCGACCACCUGGGCUUCAGCUGGGCAGAGUUGGCACGAGAACUGGACUUCAGUGAGGAGAAGAUCAACCUGAUAAGGAUAGAAAACCCCAACUCACUACAGGACCAAAGCCAUGCCCUUUUGAAACUCUGGGCAGAGAGGGAGGGAAAGCAUACCUCAGAAGCAACACUGAUCAAGAGACUGACUAAGAUCAACCGAAUGGACAUUGUUCACCUCAUUGAAACCAAGAUAAUCAAGUCCAGUCAGGAGGAGACAUCAUCACAUACCUAUGCAGAAAUAGAGCGGACCAUAGCACUGGAUCAUAGUGAAGGUUUCUCUGCCCUUCAUGAAGACAUUGACAGCCCCAGGCCAGGCAGGCGUACAGAGGCCACAUGUAGGAGUCGAGGCUCAGGACAAGAGGUACCCAUGGUGUCAGCGGAGGACCUGUCCUCCAGUCUGUCAUCACUUCAGGAGACAGUGGGACGACCAGAGACAGAUUCCACAGCAACAGGCCUUCUUAGAAAUGCCCAGAAAGAGAAACUAGAAAAAGAGAUGGAGACAACAUACUCAUCACAAAGAGUAUAUGACGAAUCGACAGACACGGUACACACAGGCACUCAUAAACAAGCUCCUCCACAGACACCAGAGGACACUCAGUUUCAAACAGAGCCAUUGUCUGCUUCAGCAGUGACACAAGACACCAAUAAAAUAGGUGCAGUGUUUACUCAUGACAAGACAAUGAAAUCAAUUCCCCUAAAACUGCCUGACCAGAACUCAUACACAACCCACAGAACUGUUAUUCCAGUUCUACCUGCACCCGAAAGUACAUUGUGUUUAAGGUUGGACAGUUCACAUGGACAGUCAGAGUGGAAGUUGUCCCCUGAGAAGGCACAGUCCAGUGAGCUUUUUUCACCCAUGUCAACUCAGUUUUUGGUACCACCAGAUUAUGAAGCAGUAUUUUCAGGACACCAAACCCUGAGAGUUUCUGAAUUUAGCCAAGCCUCCCUGGAUGAUUCAAGUCCAGUGUCUCCAGUGUUCAGUGACUCAAUUUCAUCUCAGGUUGUGACUGAAGCCACUGCCAAGGGAGAGUCUGAAAAUGCUGAAGAUUUCCAGUUCUCCCCAGACUUUAACAGAGUCCUCUCAGAAUUUCAGAAAACAGUCUCUGAAUUUGAUUCAGAGGAUCCAAAGGUCCUACCAAAGGAGCUCUGUAAGGGAUCUGAAACUCCACAGCACUCUGACUCAGAUGUGGAAUUCUUCGACUGCAGACAAGCCCUCUCUGACUUCUCUGAACCAGAAGAAGUUAAACUGAAACAUGAGAUUUAUCAUAUCUCUGAACCUCCGUCCCCACUGCCUGGGAGUAGCCCCAGUGCUGGCUUCCUGAAAGGGAGCCCUCAGUACACUGCUCAGCCUUUUCUCCAAGUGGAAGAUUACAAGCGGUUCUCUUCUGGCAGUGAAUGUCUCAGUGAAUUUGCUUAUGAUUCAGAAGGGCAAACAGAGGGCAACCUCCCUGUGUGUGAGGAGCUUCCUUCCAGAGAUCAGGCAGGGUAUUACGAUGAUGAUGACUUCCUGGGAAGGGAGAUAGCAGAGGAGCUAGGGUGUCUGUCUACUGAUAGCUCAGAGGAGGAGGUGCUGACCACCAGGGUGGUCCGACGCAGAGUUAUCAUUCAGGCGGAUAACCUGCCAGAUAUGCCACCACAGACCGUCACAGAGGAGAAGUACACAGAUGAGCAUGGCAACAUGGUAGUUAAGAAAAUCACACGGAAGGUGAUUCGUAAAUAUGUGUCAGCGGAUGGCAUGGAGACGCAGGAAGUGACCGUUGAGGGCUCUCACCAGGAGACGGUGCAGAUCGAGGAGGGAGACACUGUGUCCAGAGUGGUGAAGAGAACUGUGCUUCACAGUGAGGGAGAUCAAAAAGAGCUGACCUUCUCAGAGCCCCUGGCCCUGGGUGCCGCCACUGCAUCAGAGUUUGAAGUGGAGCCAGUGCAAGGCCGAAAGGUCAGCAAGGUUGUCAAGACAACGGUGGUGAGAGGCGAAAGGAUGGAGAAGCAAACGGGAGACCCCUCACUGGCUGUAGAUCUCCCCUCAGCCAGACAGGACUUUGAGAAGGCAUUGAGUUAUGCUGGAGGCUUUGGGAAAAUGCUCCUGCCUCAUGUAGUAGAGAAAGAGAUUGUGCGGGACGAUGGUUCUGUGGUUAAAAGAAGCCAGAUGCGUAAGUCGCGAACCCAGAAGAGGACUGUGGUGAGGGAUGCCCAGGGGAAGCACGUGCACCUGGAGCGCCUGGACGACAACCCAGACGCCUUGCAGCCCGAUGCACUGCAGCAGCACCUGCACCGACUGCUCCAACACUACUGUGAGGACAACCAGAAAGAGGAGGAAGAGGAGGAGGAUGAGGAGGAGGAGAAGGAGAGCUUUGACUGAGCAGCUGCUUCCACUAAUCUUCUCCCUACAUCUUCCAUUGAAGCCUUUGAUGUUUCACAUCCCCUUCCUAUUGUUCUCGUGGAUCACUGGAUUCAAGUUUUUCUCUUGUCUUUUUUUGUCAAUAAUGGAACAGUAUUUUCAUGCUUUAUCACUCUUCCUUCCUUCCUUCCUUCCUUCCUACUUUUGUGUUUCAUUGUGACCAAAGAUGGCACCCUUCGUUUUUGUUGGAUGAUGAUUUUUGUGUUGACCUUUCGGCUGCUGUGGUGUGAUUACGUAAGACGCACCAAAGGUGAAUCAAAGUCAAAGGGGGCAUCUUGGACACUUUCCCUCACGCACGGGCCUCUUCUUGAAGAACUCUUCUAAAGAUUUGUACAUAGAGGGGAUGAAAAAAAAAGUCAUGCUUGAACUGAGGGGGGGGGGAAUAAAUUGAAAGCAUUUAAUACAUUAGCCCACCUAAACCUGCUGUACAUGCACCAAUUCAGCUGGAGAAUGGCCACCGUACAGAUGAGAUUAAUGUUACAUAGAGAAUACUUUGGGAGGAGUGAAUGUGUGCAUCACCAUGGACUCUUUAUACAGCCAAACAUCACCUUGCUGAUCUGUUUACAAAGGCUGUGUGAUCACACCUUUUGUCUUCCCAUGAUGCAUCUGCCCUUUUUUGUUUUUAAGUGUCUGUCCUUCUAAUGUGUGUUGUGUAUUCACAUUUGAUCUGGUCACAGAGCUGCCACUUCUGUGUGUGUGUGUAUAUAUACAGUGUGUCUUUUGAGAAAGAAAGAAGUGAUGAGGAAUGUUUUGAUGCAGAUUGAGCACCUACUGUUUUCUGUUCACCCUCCGCUGUCAUGUGCCGCUUCUCUUCGCCUCAUACUGCAGCCGCUUUCAUAGAAUUGUCCUCCAUUGAGCCUUUAAAGGAUAAAGCUGGCUAUAUUUUCUUCUUGUCAACAAAUCUCAUGUGCAGAGCCAUAUCACCAAUUAAUCGACAUACUGACAGGUAAUUGAUAUACGUAUCUUCUUCCUCUGCGCCAUAGCAUCCUGGUCUCACUCCGAAGCCAUCGAAUACCGCCACCUGGUCAGUGACCUCCAGCAUCAGAUAGAGACAAAAAAGCUGUCUUUUACGUUGGCAUGAUACAGGGUCGGUUGCUGUUAUUGGUUAACAACAUCCAGUGGCAUCAGGGGGAAACGUGGUGAGACAACAAUAAAAGUUCAAGGGGCGGAACUCCGAGUAGGGCAGUCGGGAGGGGUGGUGGGUGGGUCAGAUAACCACUGACUUUCACCUGUGAGGCAGGUGUUCGCAUUCCGUAAGAUUGUAAAGCCAAACCCUGUUCUUUUUUCCUAAAUCCAACCACGUGUGUGUUGGCAAAAUGUUCAUCCUCAGUUCACAGUGUUGUACCAACAUAGUGAGUUUAUUUUGAAAAAGACUGUAUGCAAACUGUACAUUUCCUGUGAAAAUGGAAGUGUAUUUUGAAAACAGAUAAUACAUGUAACAGGCUGAAGUUGACAUGGCGUCCCAUCAUGUCACAAACUGGCUCAAUGAAUGUGACAAGUAGGGAGUCCACACAAAAGAUUUAGUUAAAGCAUGCAUAAUUUAUCAAACUAAGAUUAACUCAAAUAACCACUGGAGUGUGUGGGUUAGCAAAGUCAGUAAUGAAACCAUGCAUGGAAGUGUGUCGUGUACUGUGGAGAUGUUGAAGGUGCAAACCAAAAGUGAUGAUGGAUGUCUGCUGCAGGAGGGGAGAGAUCGAGUGAAAUCACGAGGCAGCUUUUAUAGCCUAGAAAGCCCAGCUGAGCUCAAUCAAGGCAACAACCCUCACAUGUCAGCCAAUUGCCUGAUGAGGUUGGUUAGAACAUCCUCCAAGACAGUAGGAUGGGCAUCUUGGAACCAACACAGCAAGGGACCGUGUAUAUCAUAUCUCGAUGUGGAAAGAUCCAUGAGCAAACGUCGAUUCGUGAUGAGGUCGGAGUGAGAAUGUGUUGGCCAUAGAGCUCCAUUGCUGUCUAAAAACUAUGUUCCUUUAUUACCAUGAACAGGUUUAAUUAAAAUGAGUGGUUAAGUUUUAAAGGUGCACCUCACCUCUUUCAGAUCUCAGCCAGUUUACAACAUAGACGCAUAAUAAUAACUACAUACCAGACACCACAAUGUCACCCAUUCAUUCCAAUGAAAUUGCUUGCCUGGUGCAUAUGCCAAAAAAAUUCUAGCCUCAUAUCUGUGGUAUGCAGGUCACUGAAUAUGCACAGUAGUGUUUCUCUUGCUGGCCCCACCCACGAGUUCCUGCUCAGCUCACAGACUUCAUAGAUUUUUAUAAAACCUAACCUAACAAAACCUAAUUUCUUUGGUUUCCCCACAUUGUCAGUAACUAAAACUUAAUUGCAUUAGUUAGAGUCACAGUCCCUCCAAGAUUUCAGAGGCUUUUUUAUUUCGAGGUUGUUGUUUUUUUUAUUAAGUUUUAAGUUUUUUAUUAUAAGAAUAAUAAGUUUUGCAUUUUUAAAAAUUUAUUUCUAUUUCUUAUUCACCCUAUUCUUAGCCGCCAACCUUCAACCUUGCAACUUGAUAUCUUGCAACUAUAGGUGCGACUUCUGAUGCUGAACCGGAGCUGGCAUUUUCCAAUGGUAACAAUACGACGAACAGUAUGCUAAUCCUCUUUUGUAGAGCGAAUGGGAAAUAAUACAUGUGGAACAUCUGUCGCACCUCAGACUGGAUAAUGUGGUAUUAUGUCUGUCAUCUCUAAUAGUCGUCUCAAAGCAUUGGUUGUUUUUUUUUGUUUUAACAAAGCAUGUUAGCAGUUAGCUUGCCUUGCUAUGUUAAUUAAUGUCUGCUCCUUCUAAAAGAUGAUUUCUGAUUUCUUACGGGUCACAAACAGACAUUAAAACAUUUCGGCUAACAUCUAACAUAAUUCUGUAUUAAUUUUAGCACUAUGUGAGGUGAAUAAACGAAAAGUUUGCCAGCUAAUGCUCUACUCAUCUGCCAAGUUUAGCCAGGGACUAACCAUAAUCAAUGUGACUAACUAGCUUACUAUAACUUCGACUUUCUCACCGGGAGUUGCACCCAUAAUCAUUUUAACAGUAGUGCCUUCAGGAAUAAGGAGGAUGAUUAAUUAAAAACCAAAGGCCCCACUUUCGCGCAGUGCAUCAAUGAACUGCCUUGCACAGUCUUAAGCAGAAAUUUUUGUUGGUAAAUGUGAGACGUCUACAUCGCACAUGUCAGUGUCUUCACAACAAGACACAAGAAAGUGGGUUUAAUGACUCGUGGGAAAUUACAAUGAUUGGAAAAAUUGCAACAUCACAACAUCCUGGAGGGGCUGAUAAAGAGAACUGACAUGACCAUUGUCAUUUAUUAUAUGUCAAUCCACAUACACUGCCCUGCCGUCCGAAGUACUUAACAAAGCAACAAAACAUGGUCAGUAUGAUGCUGUUAAUAGUCCUAUUUCCUCCUGAUUAUGUAACAAGUGAUCAGCUGCUGAAGGAGAUGACUUUUAAAUCAUGAAAACAAAUAUUUGUGAGGUGUUUUUAAAGAUUUAGGAACCAAUGGGCUUGGAGCUGAGAGACAGUCAGGGUAGGAAGUCAGGAAGUGUUGAGAGACGGACUAACAUUGUUAGUAUGGACCUUUUUAUGGGGUAUGUUGACAACAAUAAAAUAAUACCAGACAUAUUCUUUAAGUUCUUGGACACCACACAUAGUAUAGAGAUCCUUUGCUUCAGUUGCUGUUGUUGAUUUAACUUUUUCUUGUUAUCACUGUUAUCAAAGGAUUAUCACAUCAACUUCAAAUCUAAGCAAAAGCCAACUUUCACUGACUUUAGCCAUCACAUAUAUGUACAUCCUUAUUUAUUUAUUGUCGUCCAUUUGUGAUCUCUGUGUACUCCAGCAGUUGAAGCUGAGAGUGGUGUGUGUGUAUGUGUGCGUGUGUGUUGGGUGUGUGUUUGGAUGUGUUCUGAAGCUAAAAGUAAAGAAAAAUAAAGGUUUUUUUUUGUUUUUUUUUGCCAUGGUAGACAACCAGGAUUUGAUGUGAGAGCUGGUUGGAUUGUGUACAGGCUGAUAAAGUGUGUUUGGUGUUCAUCUACUGUUGAGACUUUAUCUAUGUAACAAUACAAUCCUUAAGUUGCCGUUUACUUUGUGUGUGAUCCAAUGGAAGAAUAAAAGAAAUGUCAAAAAGAGACCAUUGAUUUGAUA